UGUAAGAUAUCAGAUAAUCACGUGUCACGUCUACUAAAACAUUUCGUUAUCGACUAUUUUAAAAAGGGAGAUACCGAGGCGUACUAGUAUAUAGCUGGAUUUAAGGACCUCCGGAAAGGCGGUACCUGUGCUUUAGUCAGGAAUAAGUCAUAUCGAUUUUCCUGUACGUACCCGGUCAUUCAUCACGGCCCAGCAACGGGCCACAAUACCUGCGAUUGUACCCGGAAGAGAACCUAUUUACGUGUACCAGUAAUUAUACUCAGGCAUGUCAAGGGGUUACGAUCAAUAUGAUCGAAGCAGAUACCGUGGUGACUACCCGGAUAGAGGUCACAGCCGCUAUAACCGCGACCAGGGAUACGAAAUGAGCAGACGACCGGAUUACGACGACUACGACGACCGUCGAGGAAGGGGUGGUCACGACAACGCAGCAUACUACCACGACGACGGUCCUAAGGGGCGGGGCGGAGGGAAAGGCAAACAGAAUGAUUACAUGGUAGAGGAAAGCCCCAAGAAGGCAAAAGGCAAACGCAAAGACAAGGACGAAUAUGACCCUUCAAAAAAAGGUCCCAUCAAAAACAGAUCGUGUACAGACAUCAUCUGCUGCCUUGUCUUCUUUAUCUUCGUCAUCGGACUGGUCGUCGUUGCCUAUUUCGCAUAUGCACUUGGCAACCCCAAUGCAUUACUCUACCCGCAAAACUCAAACGGCGAAACGUGUGGAUUUGGGAACCAGAAGGGGAAGCCAUACCUUUUCUUCUUCGACCUGGUGCAAUGUGCGCGAGUUGGCCCGGGGGUGGUCGUCAAUGGAUGCCCGACGCCACAAGUCUGUGUAUCGAAGUGUCCAGACACCAACUACGUAUUUUUUCAGUCAGUAUUAGGAGACAAAAAUGAUAUGAUAUGUAAAGAUGGCGUUGACAGAUCAAAGGAUAUACAAAAGCUUAUCAUCGACCAAGACUGUGCUCCAUAUUACCUAAAAAGUAAAGCGGUUGUACUACGGUGCUUGCCUAUCACAAAGUUGCUGGAGCUUGGUGAAACCCUCAUAGAAGACGGUAAAGGAAGAAACGUCACCCUGACUGGUAUGGACGGCGUAAUUAAUGGAACGACUCUUGAAAAAGCGAAACAGGUAUUUGACCUGUUCUUUCAAGCCAAGCAGUACGGAGAGAAGGCUAUAACUGACGUUCAGACAACGUGGUGGAUGAUCCUCAUUGCCCUCUGUAUAGCGUGCUUCAUCUCCCUGAUAUGGAUCGUAUUGAUGCGAUGGAUUGCGGGGGUCAUGGUGUGGGUCACUGUUGUCGCCUUUGUCCUUCUUUUUGCCGGAGGUGCUGUGUUCGGCAUCUACAUGUAUUUCGAGACCAGGGGCAGUACAGAAAAAUUCACUCUCAAUAUAGCUAUCAUGCAGUUGGAUUUUGAGAAAGACAAGUUCUAUCUUGGAUUGGGCAUCACGGCCGGAAUUAUCUUCCUCAUCGUCUUCCUCAUCUUCCUCUUCCUCAUCCCGAGAAUCAGGAUUGCAAUCGCCCUCAUUGAGGAAGGCAGCAGAGCUGUGGGGAACAUGAUCUUCACACUGAUGUGGCCAAUCGUCCCGUUUGUCCUACAACUGGCUGUCAUCACAGGCUGGGCAACUAUAGCUGUCUUCCUAGCCAGCGUUGGACGUAAUCAGAACACGUCAGCCAUUAACGUAACGUUUCCUAACGGGACCAUCGACCCUACGGCUGUUGCAGCACAGGGGGACAAUCUUAUCGAUUUGGCUUGUAAUCAAGAGAUUUUGCCAACUACCAACACCUCACUCGGAGAUUUCUGUACACAAGUGAGAUACCAUGGCGGAGAGUACACCAUCUACCUCCAGAUCUACAACGUGUUCAUGUUCUUCUGGAUGGUCAACUUUGUAGUGGCCUUCGGUCAGAUGACCUUGGCUGGAGCCUUCGCCUCCUACUACUGGGCUUGGGACAAGAAAAAGGACGUCCCCACCUUCCCCCUUCUCGGGGCAAUAUGGCGGACACUCAGAUACCAUCUUGGAACCUUGGCGUUUGGUUCGCUGAUCAUCGCCAUAGUCCAGAUGAUCCGUCUGGCGUUGGAAUACAUUGACCACAAGCUGAAAGGGACUGAAAACCCAGUGGGGAAGUUCUUCAUCAAAUGCCUAAAAUGCUGUUUCUGGUGUUUGGAGAAAUUCUUGAAAUUGCUGAACAAAAAUGCUUACAUUCUGACUGCAGUUUAUGGCAAAAACUUUUGCUCGGCAGCUAGAAAGGCGUUUAUGCUGAUUCUAGAGAACAUAGUUCGAGUGGCAGUUGUUGACAAGGUCACGAAUUUCCUCUUGUUCAUCGCCAAGCUGGUCGUGGUUGGCGCUGUCGGUGUAAUGUCAUUUUUCUUCUUCGAUGGACGGAUAUCCUUCCUGAAGACCUACACGCCUGAUCUCAACUUCUACUUCGUCCCUAUAAUUAUCAUCAUCCUCGCCACGUACAUCAUCGCAUCCUGCUUCUUCAGUGUGUACGAGAUGGCGGUGGACACACUGUUCAUGUGCUUCUUGAUGGACAUAGAGAAAAACGACGGAUCCCCAGAAAAGCCUUACUUCAUGAGCAAAAACUUGAAGAAAAUCCUGGGCAAGAAGAACAAAGCUCCGCCUGCCAAUGACGAGGAUGACCGACAUCACAGGGGAAAGAACUAAUAUUCUUACACACAAUAUUAAUAAGGUCAUACGACCAUUGAUAAAUCAGAUCCAAUCAUUUCAGUUUGUGUAAUGAUCAUUCAUCUUGCUUUUGAUAUGUGUUCAUUGUUAGGAAUUGCUCCAAUGAAUACUAGCUCACAGUGAGUGAGUCUGGCGGGACACCAGAAAUGACAGUGUCAUGGGGGAAGGGUCACAAACAUCUAUCACAAUGGGAACAUGUAAAUAAAAUUUUCUUAUUUUUGAAUAAUGACGGUUUUACUUUUACUACAGAAUGAACCUAAGGGACCGUACACAAUAUACGGCUAGGGGUGGGGGUGAUGAGGAUGGGGGCACCCAUUUUGUUCUGGGAAGGUAGGGGCAUCACUAUUUUCACAUGGACUGGGGGUGAGCAAUUUUGUACAUGAUAACAUUUAAAUAUUUGCUUAAAAUUAUGGGGAGGGGCAUGGAGGGGGGCAUUGAUUUUGUACAUGACAUAUAGGGAUGGUCACUUACAUUGUUCAUUAACGUUGGCGGGGGUGGGGGUGGGGUGUCAUGGUAUUACAUGUAUUUGGUGGAAACAUAACAAAAUUGUAUCCAUAUGGGGACUGACAAUCUAUGAUUUAGAUCAAAUUUGUAGCUUGUCAUCUAGCUACUGUUUUGUAUUUGUAUUGUGUUUCGUUUCUCCUUUAGCAUCUCGAAGAAUCAAUGUGUAAAUAUGUAAAUACAAUACAUGGUAUAAUUCAGGGGACAAUAUCAGGGAAAA